CCUUAGGUGUCACGAGCUGUCAGUUUCUACAUAGCACAAUAAUAGACAUCGAGUAUCAAAUAUGAGCGGCAACUUCUGUUUCUGUCAGUUACAAGGGUGCUCACCGCGACGGAGCCGCGAAUAUCUCCUACUUCUUUGUCGCAAGAAACGUUACUCUCUCCAUUCACAUAAUCGAAAUGUUUUAAUAUCUGUAGUUCGUUGAUCGAACAUUGACUUCAUGCUCUUAUUUUAUUUUCUAUCUUUCUUCCAUCUUAAUACACCCUUUAUCUUCUGUUAAUAUACUUUAAUUGCGCCUUAGACGUCAUAGUUACUAUUCAGAUAGCGGGAAUACUCGAUAUCUCGUUUGCCGGUCUCUCUACCUUCGACUUGUACUAUAUUCGACACAGUACCACCACAAUCAAGAACAUAUGAUCUGCUGUAUUUGGUGGCUAUAAUAUUGCCAUUGAGAUCCGGUUAGCUGCGUGGAUCGCGGAACAUAUACCGGUAUCUACUUGCCUUCUUUGACUGUAACGGUCUACUCGGAUUCGUUUUAAUUACACUCACAACACUCACAACACAACUCUAUAAAAAACGACAACACUCAUGGUCAAACCGAAAGCGAGAGCAACAUCAUUCCUUCCCCCCUUCUCCUAACCCAUACUUCAUCUCUCAUCGACCCCUUCUCUUCUCAUUACGAUGCCGUCCGUAAUAGAGGAUGCCAGUCCUCGCACCAACUUCACCAUCGUUGCAGACGCAUUUCCCAGUCAAGUCCUAGGUGGUAGCCGCCUAAGCUAUUAUGUAGCUAUCAGUGUGGUAUUGCUCUGUAUAUGGUUAUUUCAGUCAGAAAAGCAGAAAUGCAGUGUCUCGGCACCUUUCUACCAGGCAUCCCGAUUAAAAUGGAUGUUUAAUGCCGAUACCUUGAUCAAGGAUAGCUACUCCAGGUUCCGUGAUACUGUGUACCAGGUCAAAUCGACAGAGGGUGUGAGAACUAUCAUUCCGUCGACACUGGUCGGCGAGCUCAAAGGUCUCCCGGAAGAUACUCUAAGCGCGAGGACGGCUGUUGAAGAAGCUAUGUUAAGCGAAUAUACCAACCUCUGCGCGGGAUCGCACACUGAUACGAUGUCCCUGCUCUUGAAGUGCAAGAUGACUGGACAGCUAGCAAGGAUGACGCCACAGCUCAAGGAAGAGCUCGAACACAUCAUUGCCACCGAGUUUCCUAAGUGUCAAGAAUGGACUCCCUUCAAGAUACAGCCUUUCAUGGUCCGAACGAUUGCCCGUCUAAGUGGGCGUGUCUUCGUUGGGCCUCUGCUGAACCGGACAGAGGAAUGGAUGAAUGUGAGCAUCAACUUCGCCAUCACCGCCUUUAUCGCGGUCAUCAAGCUACAAUUCUUCCCGCCGUGGAUGCGCCCUGCAGCGCAAUACUUGGUUUCCGAGCUACGCACGAUCCGAAGAGACCUAGAGAGGGCGCAGGCUAUGCUUACGCCUGUUAUCGAGGAGCGCAUCCGUGACGCAGAGACCCCCGGAUACGAUAAGCCUGAUGACUUUGUCCAGUGGCUGCAGGAUGCCUUGCCGGAAGAUCAGAAGACAGAUUUCUAUAUUCAGGCCAAGAUACAGCUACUACUAAGUGCAGCGUCGAUCCACACAACGAGUAAUCUAACAACGGACUGUAUUUACGAUCUAGCCGUGCACCAAGACAUGCAGGAGAUACUUCGUGAAGAAGUACGUGAAGUAUUAAAUGACGACGAGGCAUGGGAGAGGAAAGAUAGCAUGGGCAAGCUGAAGAAACUUGAUAGUUUUAUCAAGGAGUCUCAGCGGCUGUCCGGGAACGUCACAUCCUUCAUCCGCAAAGUAAUGAAACCAGUCGAUCUAUCCGACGGAACACACCUACCAGCGGGCACCAAUCUUCUCGCGCCUAUGGCCGGCGUCGCCGUCGAUCCGCGAUACUAUCCAGACCCCGAAGCCUUCGAUGGGCUGCGAUUCUGGAAACUCCGACAGCAUCAACGCUCAUCAUCCUCUUCCUCUUUCUCUUCACCCGCACCCUCUACCGCCGACCCCAACACAGCUUCAACUUCAGCCACAACGACGACAGACGAACCUGCUACGAACGCGAACGGGCGGUGGCAGUUCACCAGCAUCGGCGACACGGCCAUGAACUUCGGGCUAGGCAAGCACGCGUGUCCAGGCCGCUUCUUCGCCAGCUGCGAGAUCAAGAUGGUUCUCGCGUACCUCCUACUGCAUUACGACAUCAAGCUACGGGACGGCGAGAGCCGGCCGGCACCCAACAUGUUUAUGAUGACUAAGAGUCCGAGUAUGACCGCCGAGGUCCUGUUUAGGAGGAGAACAACGAUUUAUUCUUGAUGACUUCGCCUGGAUUAUGCAGACGGAAAUGUCUCGGGGCCAGGAGCCACCGGGACUGCUAAUAAGUCCAGCAUGUAUGAAAUUAGAUGGAGACGGAUGAUUUAGGAUAUGUAUAAAGGGAAAGGAACGGAAUUUGCAUAUACCAAUACCCAAUUGUACACAGCAUGUAUAUACUAUAUACCCGAGUCUCGUAGCUUAGCCUAUGGGCUUUGGGAUUACAGCAUUGUCAUAAAAGGCGUUCAAGGAGGCUUAGAUAUCGGACAGGCCUCAAAAACAUUAGUGGAAGAGCAAAU